AUGCUUUAAUUGAUGAAAUAAUGGUUGCAGGCAUUGUAGUUGAAACAAAUAUUAUGGAUAUCCAAGACGCACUUAAAUAACAAGAAACUCAAAUUAAAAAUAAAUGAGUUUAUAAUAUGUAGACACACCCAAAAAUAUAAAAAAUUGUUGAUGCCUUAUUAUUCUGAAAGUUUCUUAAAGUAAUUGCUUAAUUAACUAUAGUUAAUUUAAUUGUUUUUAUAUUUUCUUAAUAAUGAAUUGUCAUAAAUGCAUCUUUGCUAUUGCUAAAUUCAAUCACCUUAAAGAUUAUUAUGCUAUACUCAAUAUUACUUAAACAAAUGAUUAAAAUAUAAUCAAGAAGGCUUAUUAUGCUUUGGCAAAGAAAUUUCAUCCAGAUCUUAAUCAAGGAAGAGAAGAAAGGUUUAAAGAAGUUAAUGAUGCUUAUGAAGUUUAAAUAUUUUGAAUACUUCAAUAGAUACUUUCUAAUGAAAUUACAAAAAAAGAUUAUGAUAAUAUGAGAAAUCUUGGAGCAAAUUAAUAAUACUCUUAAAAUUCCGAGUAUUAUUAAGAUCCUCGUAGAAAUUAUGCUAAUCAAUAAUAAUAAUCUUAUCGUACUAAUUCAAAUUAUAAGUAAAUUAAAACAUUAAUAAAGUUAAAAAUGGAAUACAAGAACAGCUUAUGAAUAAGCCUUUAAAUAAGCAUCAUCUAAUUUUUACUAUUAACAAUAAUAAUAACAAUAAUAAUAAUAUUAAGAAAAUGGAUCCAGAUAUAAUGAUGAUGAAGAAAUGAGAAAAAAGGAAGAAAUCUUGAAUUAAUUUGCUUAGGAAGCUUUGUUGAGGAAACAACGUGAAUACUAAGCUAGAUAAUAAUAUUAUGAAUAAGAAAAGAGAAAAAAAUAAUUUUAUAAUGAAAAGGAAAGAGAGGCCUAUGAAGACUAUUUAAGAUAAAAAGAANUAAAAAAUGUAAAAUAGUAAUGA